UGUGUGUUUGUGUUGUUUUCUUCACAGAAAUGGGGACUGUUCUGAAAAUGUACUUUUUUUUCUUGCUGAUAGUUUUCAUCUGUGACGGGUUCAAAGUCCACGGCCCACCUGGUCCUCUCAUUGUUCAGCUGGGAGACUCAGUGAUGCUGCCCUGCUUUGUGGAAACUCCUCUUCCAUUGGAAGAUCUUGAAGUGGAUUGGAAAAGAAAAGACAGUGAAAUUAUUGUGCACUGGUGGCAGAAUGGAGAGAGUCAACCAAAGUCUCAGAACCAGCGUUAUCAUGAAAGAGCUCAUUUCUUCACAGAGGAGAUCGCUCAUGGAAACUUCUCCCUCCUGCUUACAGAUGUGACCAGUAAAGAUGCAGGAGUUUAUAAGUGUGCUGUUUACACAAAGCUGGAUUCUGGAGAAACUCUGAUUGAAAUAAAGGAGAUUGGUCUUUCCUUUCUGCAUAUUGCAAUUUUAAUUUUGUGUAUUCUUGGAGUUGUAAUCGGAUCACUUAUACUAGGCUCUCUAUCUUACACAUCUUAUAAAAAGGAAGAGGACAGCAGCAGAAGAGCCCUAGCUAUACAGUGUGCACAUGUCCUUUGUCCUAACAUUACUAUGUCCAUUGUCUUCAUCCUCUGGGGUUUCACUGAUGGGUAUUUUACUGAAGCAGCAACUUGUUCAGCACUUAAUUUUGCACGGAUCCUUUUCCUACUUUGGAUUGCUCUCGAUUUGAAAACAUUUCCAGAUUUUCCCAAACGAUUAAUUACCAACUUGGCAAUUCUACUACAGUACACUGUGAUAACUGUUGCUGCUUAUUCUUCUAUUUUUGUGGAUAUCUACUAUAGAUACAGCACUGAAAUGAAAGUGGCUCUGAUCAUUGUGCUCCUUCUGCUACUUAUUCCUCUUCUGGGUCUUAUCGCUGUAGUAUGCUGUAAAAGGACUACAGUAAUUAGUCCAUACAGGAUUUACAGGAUUACAGAACUCAGUGAUAUUCUACGAAUAAGUUUUUUUACACUGGGAUUGCAAAGAAGUGCAAUUGGGGCAUUAUUUCCACUCUUCAUUGUGGCUUUGUUUUAUUUUCGUGAGUUUUUCACGUUUCUGAGUAAGUACAUCAUUUGAUACUCUAUUCUAUCUUUUUUAUCUUAUUUAUUAUCUCCAGUCAGACAUUACAUACAUUAAAUUUGAUGUAAUAUGAAUUUAUAACCAUAUGAUUGUACUUUGAGUCCCCAGACUUUACAUUAAUUACAAAUCACACACUUAGAUACAGUUCACUGAUCUUACAGUAAAACUUCAUUCCUAAAACACAAACUCUGAAAAAUGCAAACUUUGUGUGUUGUUCAGAAAUACAAUGAAUUAAAAUGUUAAACUGAAGGAUUUGCUGAACUGAGAAGACAAAACCUUUGUUUAUGGUGCUCUAAAAAUUUCACUUUUGAUUCUGUUAAAAAACAUCAUACAGAAUUUUAUACUGUGUUGAUUUAGUUUUAAUUAAAUAUCUUUAAAAUAUACUUAACUCAAAAAUGUGGUGUAAAAAUUCUCUCCUUUUUCUCUGUCUGAAUAACUUUAAUAAUGUUAUUGAUGAACAAUAGAGUGGUUGUUAUUGUACAUUCCAUCAGAUUUGAGUAUUUUAUUAACAGUUCAGUAGUUUAAUAGCACUGCACUAACAUUACAUACAGAACAAUACAGACAUGUGCUUUUUCAUUGUUUUCAUGUAUACUGAUGAUCAGCCAUGAAUUACGUUUCACACUCGUUACAGCUGAUUUUUAUUUGAUGAAACACACAAAAUGUCAUUAAAGGUCAGGUGAUUCAUUUAUUUGUUAUUAAUUGAUUAACAAUUUUAUUAGCAGAUAAAAAUGUUAUUAAACACAAUCAUAAUGUAAAUAAUGUUGAGUGUUACAUGCUGAGAGAGAUAAAGAAAACAAAUCAAUCUAAAGAAGAGAACCAAAGUUAAAGCUGCUAUAGAAUGUUUUGCAAAGAUUUUUUUUUAAA